CACAAAAAGUCGGAUACCACAGUAUUAAUACAACACGUCUGGUUCACGUGUGUCCAGUUGGCCCAUCUCUUCGUCUAAUACUCACUUGUCGAUUCGCGGUCUCAAACGUCUAUAUUUUUUUAUGUCAUUCAUCUUUGCCCCCAUAUAAUAAUUAUAGGUACAAAUUGGUUUCGCAGACGAGGUCACUGAUUUUGAAAGUGCAAUUGACAUUUCGGAAUAAUGGACAAAGAGGAUUCACCUCUAUCUGUUUCGUCUUCGCUGGAAUGGCCAGAUUAUGUUGUCAUAGCUAUCUACUUCGUGGGGAUUCUCGCCGUAGGACUGUGGUCUGGCCGUUCUAAUAAGCAAGACAGCAUUAGCGGCUAUUUUCUGGCAUCGAGAAAUAUGCACUGGAUUCCGGUAGGAGCUUCAUUAUUUGCAAGCAAUAUCGGAUCAGGGCAUUUUGUUGGACUUUCUGGAUCGGGUGCGGCUUCCGGAAUUGGCAAUGCGGCAUUCGAAUUAAACGCCAUGUUUAUUCUGAUUCUUUUGGGUUACGUCUUUGUUCCUGUCUACAUGGCCAGCGGUGUUUACACUAUGCCGGAAUACCUGCGACUAAGAUUUGGCGGACAGCGGAUUCGUGUCUACCUUUCCGUUCUAGCCCUUCUCCUAUACGUUUUUACCAAAAUUUCGGCAGAUUUGUUUUCCGGAGCCAUUUUUAUUCAACAAGCAAUGGGUUUGGAAGGAGACGCAGGGAUUUACGUCUCUAUCUUGAUUCUUCUAGCCAUUGCAGCACUCUUUACCAUCACCGGAGGAUUGACGGCUGUUAUUUGGACAGAUUUCGUGCAAACCAUCAUUAUGUUGAUUGGAUCUUUCAUUUUGAUGGGCAUGGCUUUCGUCGAAGUCGGUGGUUACAACGAGUUGAUUCGCAAAUUUUUCAUGUCGUACCCGAAUGAAACCUACACUGCUUAUGAUCUGAACAACAGAUCGUGCGCAAAUAUUCCGCCCGAUGCGAUGCACCUUUUCAAAAGCAUCAAGUCACCGGAAUUACCAUGGACUGGCGUCAUCUUUGGUGUUACCAUUUCGUCCAUCUGGUAUUGGUGCUCCGAUCAGGUUAUCGUUCAACGAACUUUGGCGGCGAAAAGCAUGAAUCACGCGAAGGGAGGCUGUAUCAUGGCCAGUUUUCUGAAAAUCCUUCCGCUAUUUAUCAUCAUUUUCCCCGGAAUGGCUUCGCGAGUGCUCUACACGAAUAGGGUUGCCUGCGCUGAUCCACAGGUGUGCGAAAAAAUCUGUGGAAGCCAGGCUGGAUGCACAAAUAUCGCUUACGCUGAGCUCGUGAUCAAUUUGUUGCCUCCAGGAUUGACCGGUUUGAUGUUGUCCGUCAUGCUGGCCGCUUUAAUGAGCUCUUUGACUUCAAUUUUCAACUCAUCUUCAACCAUUUUCACCAUGGACAUUUGGACCCGGAUUCGAAAAAAUCCUUCUGAUAUCGAGUUGCUCAUCGUCGGGAGAGUGAGUUGCUUGUUGCUGGUGGCAAUUGGUGUAUUAUGGGUGCCAAUCAUUCAAAAUGCUGCUGGUUCGCAAUUAUUUACUUACAUGCAGCAAGUUCAAAACAUCUUGUCGCCCCCAGUCAGCGCCGUAUUUUUACUGGCCUUCUUUUGGCCCCGAACCACUGAACCAGGCGCUUUCUGGGGCCUUAUGGUAGGACUGAUUGUGGGACUGAUCCGCUUCGGUUUGGAAUUUGGUUACGUUAUUCCACCAUGUGGCACAGGUCUGCCUGAUCCUCGGCCAGAGAUCAUAAAGAAGAUUGUGGGAAACGUUCACUACCUUCAUUUUGGUUGCAUUCUGUUCGUCAUAUCGCUGGUGACAACUGUUCUUGUUUCACUCAUCACGGAACCAAUUGACGAAAAAUAUUUGUACCGUCUGACAUUUUGGACCCGUCACAGUUCCCAGGUUCGAUCGGCAUUGGAAGACAACGAAAAUCUUGAUACAUCACCAAAAGAGACAACACCCAUAAUGGAUGCCGAUUCUUCGACUUCAGCAAGCAACGAUUCAGUAAACGAACUCAACGAACCCAAGCCAGUAGUCGGCAAUUCAGUAGACUUGCCUGUCUGGAGGAAGGCGAUUAAUUGCCUGUGUGGCGUUGAGACUCAGAAAGCAUCCCAGGAUACUGUCACUGUGGCAACAGCUGUUAUCGAUCCCAAGCAAGAAGCCCUCAUGGCCAGUGAGUUUAUUAAAGAAGACCCGAAAUGGCUUAGGUUCGUGAAUACCAAUGCCAUAUUAGUCAUGUCGGUGUCUGCCUUUAUGUGGGCGUGGUAUGCCUAGACCAACAUUACUGAAAGACACCAAAGGCAACCAUGUUUUUGUACUUAGUUUGUCUAAACCUGUUGUAGCCACUAUAAUUCCCCUAGCCUAAAAGGUUUGUGAAAGAGAUUGGGCGUGAACAUUUUUAUAGGUAAAUUACGUUUUGUUGUUGGGGUUUUCGUUGUGCCAAAAAAGUAUAACUGCAACAUAAAUGUUUGUGCUUGUUCUAUUUUUACAUAGCAACAAACACAAACGUGAAAAAACAUGACUAGAACGUAGUACUAGAAUUAUUUGCCAAAUCCUGAAGUAGCCUACUUGUUCUUUUUGCCUGUUUCUUUUUUUCUUUCCAUUUCAUUUUGAGAUAAAGACUGAGGUGCAAGCAGCACAAAUAGUGAAUUCUAAUAAAUAAUCAAACACUU